AGAGUCUCGCUUUCGCUGGUAGAGGCCUCGUUUCCGUUGAGGGAUUGAUUGGCAUAUUAUGAUACCAGAUUUAUCCCCGGUAUAAAAUGGCCGGCUUCUCCAACCUAGAAACUAACUGAAUAUGUUUUGGAGUACUGAAUUCCUGGUGGCUUCCCGGCCAUAUCGGCGAGCAGUCCUGUGUCAGGACUAGUAGAGCGUGUGUUUUAUUCGCCAAGGUGGUUUGAGAUCCUCACGCUGCAGCAUGAUGGCCGAAGAAGCGGAGCGAGGGGAUAGCCCUAGUGGCUCCCAGCACGAUCUCGAUGUUCAGCUAGGACAUGGUCACUUUUUCACAAAGAAAACGUUUCACAAGCCAACCUACUGCCACCACUGCACGGAUAUGCUUUGGGGAUUAAUUGGGCAGGGGUAUGUGUGUGAAGUCUGCAACUUUGUUGUACAUGAUCGAUGUCUACGAACUGUUGUGUCAGCUUGUUCAAGUAUUGCUGCAAAUCGUGUCAAGAACCCGGUUGCUCACUGCUGGUCGGAGCCCGGACAUUUCAAACGAAAAUUUUGCAACGUCUGUCGAAAACGAUUAGAAGACAGUCUUGCGAUACGCUGUGAAAUCUGUGAGUAUUAUGCCCAUCUGGAUUGUCAGGACUUUGUUGUUAGUGACUGCAAGGAAUGUGCCACAUAUCUGCCACAGAGAGAUAAGGGCACCGUGGUCCACUUCCACCACUGGAGGGAGGGGAACUUGCCCCCCAACUCCAAGUGUGUAGCAUGCAAGAAAACCUGCUGGUCUUCAGAGUGUCUUGCUGGCAUGAGGUGCGAAUGGUGUGGAGUCACGGCGCAUGCCCUGUGUUAUCGCAGCCUACCAGCGGAGUGCAAGUUCGGUAGUCUCCGCGACAUUAUGCUUCCCCCGAGCUGUCUCACCAUCCCCAGAAUGGACGUCCCCGUGGAGACUAUCCUCGGACUAAGUAGGAUAACCACUCUACCUGUACGAACUGUGUCUGAGGAGUGGUCAUCUAGCGGCGACUCCAAGAAUGAAGAGGAGGAGCGUGAGCGUCGUUCUCCCCGAGAGAAAGACAGCAAGGAUAAAGACAAAGACUCCGACACGGAAAUUAUUCGAGUGUUUGAUGGGAACGCCUCGUUAAAGAGGCGACUCUACCGCACAAUAUCAGUCCCCAGGAACGCAUCAGCUCAAGCCAUCCUGGAGGCGGCUCUGAAAACAUUCCACAUAUCAGAUGAUCCCAAAAAUUACUAUGUGUCGGAGGCGUCAGAGACAGUGAAUGUUGUAGGUGAGAGGGAGCUAGAAGAAAACAGUCCAAUUCGAUCGCAGCUUAAGACCCCUGAUGGAAAGCGGCCGUCCAUAUUUCUACGAUACAAGGACAAAAACCCAGACAAAGGCCAUAUUAGAGUGUACCCAGGCGGACUCCGAUACAGCAUUUGCCAUCGAGUGUCCGCAGGCUACAAAAACAUCUCGGUCAACAAAGAGAUGACCGCUGAGGAAGUCAUCACCACUGCACUCAGGAGGUUUGGAGUUGAAUUAUGUUCUCCGUGGUGUGUUCAGGAUGCUGACCCAGACAACUACAGCCUGAUCGAGGUGUUGCUAGACCGCGGUGUCAACGAGAGGGUGCUGAUGCGGGAUGAAAGGCCAUGGCAAAUUAUACAACAAAGUAGAAAAGAUUCGUUACGGCAGAAUCGCAUGACUCGGUUUUACCUCCAACAGAAGGAGGACCCACAUGGGCCAGCUAUCUCCAUGUUUGUGGGCAAUUUACCAACAGGCUUGUCGCAGAGGCAAUAUGAGAAAAUUUUAUUAGAUAUAAUUGGAAAAGAAUUGAAGUGGCAAAGCUUUGAUGUGAUAUACUAUGAGUACGGCGCGUUGGUAUUAGUGUACACGUCGCCGGAGAAAGCUACGCAAGUCUUCAACAUUUUAAAGGAUGCAGUUUUUGAUGAUAAGCAACUUUUAGUUAUGUUACUCCCAAAUAUACAAGCCCACAUGAUUCCAGAAAACGUGAAUCCACUGCUCGUGUUCGUCAACGUCAAGAGUGGUGGAUGUCAAGGUCUGGAACUCAUAACGUCUUUCCGCAAACUCCUCAACCCUCAUCAGGUCUUCAACCUGGAGAACGGAGGCCCACUACCAGGGUUGUAUGUGUGUAGAAACAUCUCCUACUACAAGAUCCUGGUGUGUGGAGGUGAUGGCACAGUGGGCUGGGUUCUGUCCUGUCUGGACAACGUGGGGCAGGAUGCUGUCUGCCAGUCUCCACCCAUGGCGGUCGUUCCCCUGGGCACAGGCAAUGACUUGGCACGUGUGUUACGCUGGGGACCCGGCUACACUGGAGGGGAGGACCCACUCAACCUUCUCCGGGAUGUCAUAGAUGCCGAGGAGAUCAAGCUGGACAGGUGGACCGUGAUAUUCCAUCCGAGGGAGAGGGAGAAGGAUUUGGCUGAGGCGAAAGUGAACAUUGCCAACGACACUAACACUGCCAACACCAGCGAGGACACCUCGUCAAUAUUUGUGAUGAACAACUACUUCGGCAUUGGGAUUGAUGCAGACUUGUGCUUAGAUUUCCACAUGGCUAGGGAAGAAAAACCAGACAAGUUUAAUAGCAGAUUACACAACAAGGGAGUGUAUUUGAAAAUGGGACUGAGAAAAAUGGUGAAUCGAAAAUCUUGCAAAGAUUUACAUCGCCACAUCAAGCUUGAGGUGGAUGGCAAGCUGAUUGACUUACCUCAGGUAGAGGGAAUCAUUAUUCUCAACAUCCUCAGUUGGGCCUCAGGAUCAAACCCAUGGGGCCCUGAAAAGGAAGACAUUUUUGCCAAACCAACUCACUAUGACGGCAUGUUGGAGGUGGUUGGUGUGACAGGGGUCGUGCACAUGGGACAGAUCCACAGUGGACUACGUACAGGGAUGAGGAUAGCACAAGGAGGACAUCUACGUAUCACAUUGUUGACGGAUAUCCCCGUCCAAGUUGACGGAGAACCAUGGAUCCAGCCAGCUGGCCAAGUGGUAGUUCUGCGAUCAGCCCUCAAGGCUACUAUGCUAAAGAAAAGCAAGAACAAGAUCAAGAGGCGGAACACGGAGCCUAGUAUCUUCUUCCCCGAGAAUGAACCUCUCAAACCACAGUCUCCAAGUGAGGAGAGUGGACCCCUUUAACACUAUUAGCCAGUGAGAUGGGCUGUGUAUGUAGUGAUGUACAUAUACAUUAUGCCAAAAGUAGCUGCAAUAGUCUGGAGCUUGGUCGCUGGCCGAGGGAACCCUCACAAGGCAAGGACAAACGCACGAACAAGCAACUGAUGGGCGAAGAGUCUGACAGUCAGAUAGUGGACAUUUAGGAUACUGCGUCAUGGAACAAACCUUGGUGCUUGCUGCCGUUUGGAAGGCGACUGACAAACCUGAGAUGGAAAUAUGGUUGCUACCCAGUGGUAGGCCAAUGAUUUCAGAUAUGUUGCCAUGUGUUGGUUGGCAGUUAACAGACUUAGGUUUGAGGUAUGUUCACUUCUUUUUGUUAGAUAACAAAUUUGAACUAUUUGUUGCCUAGCUUCAAGUAGUUUACACACUUUGAUUUGAGAUCUGUUUUCUUCCUGUCAGUAGGUCGAGUUGUCCAUUGGUCAUCAUUGGGCAACGAUGGACUUCGGAUAGAGAAAUGUUUGACUGUUCGACAAUCAGACUGUGAUAUAGCAAAGCCCCGCAGAGCCGAAACGCGUACCUCAAGAUUUGAUUGGACAUGUACCUGAUAUUGCAGAUCUGCAGCAAAAGCUGGGCAGUAUCUGAUUGGCUGUUAUUGUACAUGGAUCUUGCUGUGGUACAGGGAGGCAGUGGGUUUUCCUAGAUUUGUGUAGUCACUAGCAAGAUCAAAUUUGCCAUCUGUCAUUUUACCCUUUUAAAUGUGUCUUUUCCUUCAACUGUUCUCUGUGUCACCGGAUUCAGACAAGGAUUCUAUGCAUAUUUUUAACUCCAUUUUUACCCUAGCAUAAGUAUCAAACCAUACGUAUGUGUUGCCCCCCAGCUGCCAGGGUCGACCCAUGGUCACUCUGAGCCGACUCUGUCGGUUGAAGGGGAAACAAAAUACAGGAAACAACAAAACGAACCAUUACGGUUAUUUAGACCAGAUAAAACUCAUUGUUAUAGAGGUUACUGUUAUCUUGUUCUUGAACUAUUGAGGUUUACCAUACUGAUAAUUAGACCAUGAUAAGUAUUUUAGUUGAACUUGAGAUAUCAUACCUGCUGUGCUCUGUGCAAGAACUGGAAAGAUUUUACCCGGAGUGUAUGCAUCACCACUGUCUUUAAUAAAACUAUUCAGAAGUCCAUAUAGCAAAUAUUAAUGAAAUUAUGUCGUAAAAAAAAGUCACUUCAAUCGCUUAACAAUAAGGUCAAUUUUGCAAGGCAGCAUGCCAAGGGAUCUAAUUCAGAACAAAGGGGAGAUAACUCAAAACCUGAUUGUUUUGGAGACCAUGCUCAAGUAACAGAAACAUGAGCACCAGCUCAUCUUGGUCAGUAGACAAUGCAUUAAUUAUUCAUAGCCAAACAUUUUAUUUAGAACUUGUUUCCAAUCUUUGUUGUUUUUGAAAGGUAUCACUUGUCAUAUAUAUUUUUAAAAUUAUGAUUACGUGCAAGUUCUGUAGUUCUUGCCAACAUUGCUCGAAAAUUGAUUACAUUUCACUCUAGAUUUUGUUUGUUAAGUCGUAAAUUUUAUAAACUUUGCAUUAUUUGUUAAGUGUCCAAAUUACACCUUGAACGUGAAGAUACUUUGAAAGCAAAUAUCACUAAUUUGAUGGCUAAAACACACGCCAGUGAACAUUGGUUAGGAUAUGCUGUUAUGGACUUGCAGCUUCUACUUCCAUAGCAGAGACACCUAUGUAGAUAAAGAAUGUGAAAACAAAGGGGGAAUAACUCCUUUAUCUGAUCUACUUCGUGGUUAUGGGUUAUAGGAAUGACUAAAUAGUGAAAAUCUGGUCAGUAUUUUGAGGUGUUGAAUAUGUUUCAAUGUUACUAAUACUAGAAAUAUGUAUUAUUAAUAAUGUAAAUUUGUUAAUUAGUUCACAUUUAUCCAGUACAUAAGCAAAAAUGUGAUUUAUAACUUUUGUUGUUACAUAAACAGUUAGGUUUUAGAUCUGGUUAUGCCAUGCAGUAAUGCAUUUUUGUGUAACCAAGGUGCUUGUCCUAAAUAUGAAAGUCUUCAAAUGUUACCUACUUCUAUUGUUUGUGGUAGGCUCCCUGUUAACAGCAAAGCAUUCUUUUGACAAGAAACCAAAUCUAUUGUCGCCAUUAUUUUAGUAUUGACAUACCUCUUAAUCCCCCCACUAGCUUUAGUGUAAGCAAUCACAUUCUCAUAUGGAAGGUGCCAUUUGGAAUUUUGGGGGUUGAAGGGCUAAACUAAGGCUAAUUAUUCAGAUUACCAAGUUGACAAGGAAAAGAGUGUAUUGCUCUCAAAUCCUUAACAAAGGUCGUGUUAUGUGAACAAAGUUGUCAAAGAUAUUUUCAGUCAUAAAAUGCUUCAAUUUUUAUUGUAUCACUCAUUAUAUUAUUAUACAUAUACUUAUAUAUAAAUAUAUAUAUAAAUAUAAUAACGCUCAGAGAUGUACCUAGUUCUCUCGUUCUGUAGAGGGAUAUGGAGCUUGUCCCAUGCACCUUAUGCGUUACCAUUACUCUGUUUGUAUGUAUGUAUGUACGUCAGUCUGCAUGUCUGUACAUAGUUACUUUUAACAUACUUAGGAAUUAUUUCUCAUUCAAAAAUUCAUCCAUGCAUAUUGUCAUUGCCAUAUAUUUUGUUAAAUUUUUCAUCUAUUUAUUUGCAUCGUCUUUAUUUAUACAUGAAGGUUGGUGUUUUGAUGGUAUGUGUUAACAAACCAGAGAAAAUUUGCUCGUUAAUAACACAAUUUACUUUAGUUGAGCAAGUUGGGUGUAAGAUUGUAUUUAUUGUCACAAAAGUUCAAAUCUAACAGAUCUCAUUGUAAUGUGCUCGUGAUUAGAAAAAAACAAUGCUUCCUCCUGGCACUGAAGGUUAGAUGAAGUUUAGCCCAGUCACAGAAUCAACUCAGCUGGAUUUUAUUUAUUGUUCUCUUAUUUAUUAAUUUGUUCUGAAUUUUUGCUGUUCAGGUGCUGUGAAUAAUGUUUUUCUCUCCAUUGUGUCCAGCUACUAGUCUUGUUUUUUGGGUUUUUUUCAAACUUUUCACUGUUAUGAUUUAAUCAAAUCAAGCAUUGUGUACUCUCAUAUUUCUUUCAAUUUCACACUGAUAAUUUGAUCUAAUUUGCCAAUUUUCAUUGUUUAGAUAAAUAAAUAUUGUUAUUUUCAAGUUCCAUCGGGACCAACAAGUUUGUUAUGUCGUAAGAACAUACAAUCUUCCUACUCACAUUUAUGUGAUCAGCAACUGAAAAGGGGAAUAAUUCAGGAAGGGGAGAUAAUCACUUUUGUCUUGCAUCAAAACAGUUUGUUAAUAAUAAAUUCUGCUUGACCAUUUCCAUGAUUUUUGCCAUAUUCCUCCAUCCUUAGUACCUCAUGACCAACUAAACCAGAAAUCAAAUUUUUCAUCUUCUGGUCGACAAUGAUGACAGGGUCAGUUAUGUUAAGUUUCUCUCUCCCUGUAACAAACUCAUAACAGAUCUGACUUCAUAGCAGUAAUAUAUUUAAAUAAAUACUGUUUGUGUAAAUAGGAUAUUGUUGAAGGGGAAGGGGAAAGUGUAAUGAAGGCAUGGAUGUCAAGUACACACUUACAGACCAGGCCAGGUCAUCCUGCUGCUGUUUUGGGAGGCAAGACAUUCUUUACCUGCUGGUAGUUGUAUGGUAUCCUGUAGUCCCUUCUGUCUUUCAAUGACACUUAAUUUCCCUUUUGCCUAACUUUUGUCCUUUUCAAGUCUUCAGGUAGAACAGUUAUCUAGUACGAGUUCUUCUCGUUCUCUAGGUUGGUACAUAGUUGGUCUUGGAAUGUUAUCGACCUCAUUUCAUGAUUUAACGAAACUGUAUUGCUUUUGAGACAUAUUUGCCUCUGUUUGCAACAGACUUUCUGUAGUUGGCAUAGGAAAUCAUCUUUGAGAAAACCACUGUUAUUUUUUUUAAGUAUUCUGCAGGCAUUAGCUUACAACAUCUGAUCUCCCACCUAACCUUGCUCAAAUGAUAGUCAAUCAUUGAAGGCGUUCAGAGUUACCUCCCUUGUCAACUUCACCUCUUGACCCAAGUGAAACAAACUAUUCAAUUUGAAACAGUCUUUCUGUAAUGUUUUGAGGAAGUGUUUUUGAGUUUUAUAUCUCAGCACAUUUAUAUAUUUCAUUUCUUGGUUUCAUUCAUUAUAUCUUAAAGAUCUGUUUCAGUUACAGGGUUACAGCCUCGUGUGCUGUUUUUUUCUCCAACAUGUAGGCUAUGGUACUUCAAGUUAUGAUAUUCAAGUUUGCUAGAAUUUGAUGGGUUUGUGUCAAGACCACAGAUCAUAAAGAUAUGUAAAAUGUAAUUCAAAAUGAUCUGGAAAUAUAACAGGCUCAAGGGGAACACGUUCUUGUUUCAUUGUUCUGUGUAUAUCUUUUCUCUGACUGAAGCAUUUCUCUAGAACCCUAGGAUAGGCCUCGACUGUAGCGGGAAGCCAAUGAGUGGACACUAUCAAGUCUUGUGUAGAUUAAUAUUGUGAGCUAGUUAUGAUGCUCACGUUGAUGUGAUACAUCUGUAUCCACAAUAAACAGUUUAAUUUUGUCACACUUACAUUAACUGUUUUUCACUAUUCAAUUUUACGGCCAUUUAUAGAAAAAAGUUAGGGAGCCUAGCAAGGGGAGGUUUCACAAGCUGUUGCAUCUUUUCUGCCUGUCCCUUUUGGGUUGGUGAAAUACUUUUAUUGCGCAAGAAAUAUUUCGGCUUGGAAACUGCAUCAGUUCUACUGAAAGUGUAAGUGUAUUACAUAUUUUAUGGAGAAAGAAUUUGAAUUCAUUGAAAAGGAGGUUGAUUUAUUUAGAAAAGAAUUGAGAACUUGUGAGACAUCCCCUAAGCCUUCCAUGGUAGUCCUUGUAAAAAAGAUGUGCAAAGCAUAAAAGAUGCUGUCUCCAUGUUGAUAAAAAUGAACAUAUGUGUUUAUAUGAAUCUUGAAUAUAGCGUUAUAUGGUGUAUGCUCUGUUAAAUUACUGUUAUUCAAAGUAUUGUUUAUACCAGCUUGUACAAAAGCUAUAGAGAAAGGGGUCAUCUCAAAAGUUCAAAUUCUGAAUGUUUAGCUAGACUCACUUUCAAUGAUUGUUUUUCAUUCAGAUUAUUUCUUGUUAGUUCUCUAAUGAGUUAACGGGUAAGCAGAAGUUACCGUUUCAUUUAGACGUUUAGAACUUUUGAGAUGAACCCUAUUACAUUAUCAUUUUAUAUGACUAUGUAGCUAGACCAAGGUUGUGCACCUCAGCAUGCUGGGUCCGUUUGUUUUUCACUAUAUAGUAUAUAAUUCAUUAUAUCAGAUUAAUAUGAUUAUUAUAGACUGUUAAAUUUAUUUUAUCAAGAACAGUGUAAUUUUACAUGUUGUGGCCACAUUUACUAGUGUGUACAUAGACAGAAUGUACAAGUUCUGUACCCAUGGUAACAACUUCCAUUAAAGGGCGAACAUGUGAAAAUCAAAUUCUGAUACGUUCUUGAGACAGAAAAUUUGGAAUACGAUCAUGAGUCCUUUUUUCUGGAGACCAUUUUCCAUUUUUGUGUGAGAAUAACAAACAGAUAUGAUGUUUUGAACAUAAGACCAAUUUCAGAUGUAGGAUUCAUAUUUUGGCAUUUCUAUGUGAUUUUGAUAUUGGAAUGUCUUAGAUUUGAAAUCUCCAUUCAGUCGAGUCAUCUAUUGGUUACAAGCUUUGUCGUCAAAUCAAACUAAUCUAUAGUUUAUUGCGUAUAAUUUGUGAUUGAAUUAAUUGUCAUACCUUCAGCAGUAGAUGAUAUUAUGGAAAAUUUUCUAUAUUAGAAAGAACUUAUCAGAAAUUUGCUUUGUGGUAUUGGGGAUAGUCGAUGAGUGCACUCUGUGACAUCUGAAACUUGCUUGAUCUCAACAUGGUAGAAGUUUACAGAAUUCUAACUAGAAAUGGCCGGAUAUGUUUCAUUCAAUAUUAUUUUAUGGAAAUAGAAUUUCUCUUUAUUUAUAUUUUUGUUGUAUAUGGCAGAAUUGAUGAACUGUUAAAGAUUUUACUUUGAGAUUCUAUGCUGUGUGGUACUGCAGUACUUUUAAUGGCUUACAAAGAUCUACCUGAAACUCAGCCAUGGCAAUGUAUUGCAUUAUGGCAUUGUCAAUUGUAUGCAUAUGACAUUACACACUAUUUUAAGUUCGAAUGAUUUACCUUUCGAAGUAUGACAAGCAUUAAAAGUGAAAUUAUUAACAAAUCAAACCUUUAUCAAAUGUUAUUAUGUUUUAAUUAUUGGGGCUGCUCUCUCAUAUGUUAUUCCUUUAUAGAAUAGCAAUCCUGGUUGUUUAUUUAGUAUAUGUUACAUUGGUUUUACAUGUCCUUCAAGGCAUUGUGUUGUUUUUAUAUACAGGUGUUAUAUAGCUCAAAGGUGAAUAUAUCCUUCACAACCAUAGUAUAUCAGGGACUGUGUCAAAACUACAUGUGCUUUUUACACACGAGGUUUAGUCUCAAAUCAUGUUGGCAAAAAUUAGACGUACACCACAAGUGUUCCACAAAUGUUCCACAAAUGGCAUUAAUCAGUGACCUCAGGUCAAAAAAAGAUCAUUUGGCACAUGUUCUUAAAUCACAUGGAAAUGUUUGAUACAGUCCCUUCAUUGUUUCCUUUAGACCUUGUGUGCAAUAUUCAUAUGAAAGUAUUCAACAUUGUGAGUCAUUUAAGUUUUAUAUCAAAUUUACUUAUUUAUUUAUUUAUUUUGCCAUCUGUAAUCUUAAACUUUAAACCUUGUAUAGUACAUGCGAAUGAAUGUUUUGAUUUUGUUUGUUGUUUAUGAAUCAAAAUGCUUGUACAGUAUUUUAUCAUGAAGAUUUAAAUUAGUAUUUUGUUUUCAGUGUAUCACGAGGGUGUCACUGAAAAGGUGCCAUGCAAUCAUGGCACAGAAGUCGGCAGAAUAGGUUAAAAAAUCCUUGUUGAAUAAGAUUUUGUUUUAAAUAAUUCAAAGAUGAAAGAUCAUACAGAAGAAAUAAUGACCUUUCGCCAAAAGCAGAGGCUUCAUUCUUUGUUUUACGGAUAUGUCAUAAAUAAUAAUUUUUGGAAAUAUCUUUAAUAAUAAUGCAGUUGUUUUCACACAAAAUGGAAAGCAAAACAUGAGGCUGACAUGUGAUUACUGGUGCGACUAUUGUGCUGACUUCUGCACCAUGAGCAUGAUUUCCUUUUCAUGGAUGAACACUGACUUUGUAAGGCAGGCAUUACUCAUUAGGUGGCCCCAGGAACGGUAACCUUUAACUUGUGAUAUUUGUCUGAUAAUGCUAGACCAGUACCCAAAGAUGAGGAAUAUACAGAUUUAACAUCUAUGUGAGGACUUUCUUAUAGCAUAUGAGCAUUUUGUGAGUGAAUGGGUGAAUGUUUUGAGAAAGAUGUUAACUGCAAAUUAUUCAUGUAUGUUGUCUCAAGGGAGGUAAUUCUCCAAGGGAGACAACUCACAGUGUGAUGUGGUGGCAGCCUGUCUCCACAAUGUUUCAUCAUUUUUUCCUCAUAUGAGUACAAAAAUUUCAUUUUUCGUAACCAUGGUAACUCAAAACCAUGCGUAUGGUGGUCGUACGUACACUCUGCUGUUGAGUGCAUGCGUCCGUAUGCUCCCAAUGCAGAGUAUGUGAACGUGUCAUGUAAUAUAUACCAAAUGUAAGGACGCUACCUCUGUACCGGUAUCCUUACGAUCAUGUUUGAGAAAUUUGUUUUUGUGUAGCAGUUGCCAAGUGCUUGUGUCACUCUCUGCAGUCUCUACCGUUAUGUUGAUUAUCUGUAUAUGUGAAAUAAACUAGAGGUAAGUCAAGCAAA